ACCCUCGAAGAUAUUUUUGGGGUAACUGUUGAUAAGACUUUGGAUGUUGAGAAUCUGAAAACCGAAAUUAAAAGUACCCGACCAAAUUUAUUUCAAAAAGAUUUUGAUCUGUACAAAGUUGAUUUUUUUCAACCUAACCGUUCCUUAAUCUCUUCAGUAAAUAGUCGUAAUGAUAAAGGUGAAUUCAUAAGAUCAAAUAAAAAAAUUUCCGAGUAUUUUAACAAUGGGUAUAUUAAUGAUCAUCAAUGUAGUGAAAACGGUUCCAUUCACCUCCUCAUAUUCCCUAAAGAGGGAUAA